CAUAGCCAGAAGUUCUCAAUGUUCCCUUCCUCAAAAUUCACAGCAAUAACUGUUUUUUUUUUUGUCUUUUUUAAAUUAUUUUUUUUUCUAAAAUAACGGCUAUGACAAUAAUAAUGUUGGUAUCAAAGCACCAUCAAAUAUUUCUGACACAGAAUCUGAAGAAUUUGGGUAUAAUCACCAGACCGCAAUCUGGAAAAGGAUUAUGGCUUUCAUUUUUGCUACCUUUGUGCUACAUAAUUAGUUUGGGAAAGUUGGAAAAGCAGACAUUUUUCGACUAUAAAAUCACAACGAUCAUAAGUUUUGGGCUCUUUCUGCAGACUCUUGCUAUUUACUACUCGCUGUUCACCGACCGAUUCAACUUUAUUUCAAAUGGACUGUUGCAUUUGUCACCUGGCUUAGUUUCAGCACUUUUAAUUUGGAAUUGUAUGAGACAAAAUUAUGUUUUCAGUAUAGUUUGUGGUCUAUGCACUACAAUUUUAUAUCAGGCUCUAUACUAUCGUGUAAUGAAAUGCUUACCACGAAGCUUUACUUUGGGUGAAGGUGCUGUCGUAGUACAGGGUCUUACUUUAUUUCUUUUCAAUGCGUUUUUGCAGUUACCUUCAAUUUACUACACCGGAAAAUCACCCCAAACACAAACGACUGAGAUGGCAUCUAUGACUCCAAUUUUACAAAUUGGAUUGAUUGGUAUUUUGCUUCUGGUUAUUGCUAUACAUUUUGUUCCGUUAUUGCAAAAAUGUGUUUUCUUUUAUCCCUUACUGUUGUCCUUCAUCGGCUUAAUGAUUGCACUUCCGGACUCUCAUGGCAUGCCACAAGUAUAUUCAUUUGUAGGUUUUUUCAUAAAGGAUAUGGAAAGGAUAGCUGUUUUGUUGGCAUUUAUUAUGUUAAUGUUACUUGCUGUCAUUACAGUUGCAGUUUUUUCGAUUGGAAAUUUGCAAUCAUCAACCAGUGUACGAAAGAUUUUCCAUAUUUUGAUAAUUUUAGUAUUCGUACCCGGUUUGAUUUACCAGUGUUCUUUACUUUAUGUAUCAUCUGUUUUAAUGCUAGCUGUCUUUUGUUUGUUAGAGACAGUACGCAUUAUUGAUCUUCCUCCGUUAGCAAAAGCUCUAAACUCGUCAGUUUCAAUUUUUCUCGAUGAAAAAGACGUCGGUUAUGUGGCACUGACCCCUAUAUAUCUACUGGUCGGGUGCUCGUUGCCUUUGUGGAUCCAUCCCGUUCCCUGUGACAUAACGGACUCGGCUGGAUUUGAUUUAUUAAAGCUAUUUUCUGGCGUUUUAUCAGUUGGUAUAGGUGAUAUGGCUGCAAGCUUUGUGGGAGUUCGUUUUGGAAGACACAAAUGGUCCAAUACUUCAAAGACUAUUGAGGGUACUUUAGGAAGCAUUAUGUUUCAAAUUAUAUCUGUUUAUUGUCUCUGGCAACUCAGAAUAAUUCAAUUAAACUAUUUAAACACAAUUUGUGUAGGAUUAGCUAUCUUACUAAAUGCCAUAGUUGAAGCCAAAACAGAUCAAGUUGAUAAUUUAGUCCUACCUCUAAUUACAUUUUUUAUUUUGUCAUUUGGUUAAAAUUGUUUAAAACAAAAAAAUAUAUAUAGGUAUAUAUACCUACAAUGGUUUUUUAACUGA